AUGGUUAAGCGCAGGGCGUCGGACGCGCUCGAGGACGACGAGCGCAAAACCAAGAGACAGCAUGCAAACAAUCCCGAUCGGUUGUCGAGGCUCAGUCACGAACUAACGCUCAGGGUGCUUUCGUUUCUGCCCGUGCCCGACCUCAUCAUUUGCCAGAGCGUGUCGCGACAUUUCCAUCGACUUGCUGGCGACUCACAGUUGUGGAAGGCCCUCUACUACAACCGAUUUGUCCGUCCGAGAGCAUCGCGCAUACCUGGGAUCAACGAAUCUGGAGUCCCUGCUGAGAGUUUGUGGUAUUCGAGCAAGCUCUCCAAAUGGCUAGACGAGGAUAAUCUGGUUAGAAGAGGGAAAGAGACAAACUGGAAGAGGCAGUACAAAACACGCCACAAUUGGACAAAAGGGACAUGCGGCGUUAGUGAGGUUCCUGUCUCGCCUGAACCAUCAGUCCCACCGACACUGCUUCAGAUGCACCAUGGCAUUAUCGUCAUGGCCGACAAUCUCCAUGGUUUGCGUGCAUGGUCAUCUCAAUCAGGCCGGGAUAUGCUAGCCACCAUCAAAUUUUCCGCCAAAUCAAGUCCUCCUUCAGCUCUAGCUGUUGAUACUGCAUCUUCAUCCUCAUCAACUGUCGCCAUCGCUGUCGGCUUCCAAGACGGCUCCUUCACCAUCUACCAUCUUGAUAUUCAUCAGCGCCGCUUUGUUUCUCGCUAUUCUCAUGAGCCCUCUUCCAAUGGCAUGAUCUCGGCCACGGCUUUAUCCUUCCCCUACCUUGCCACCAUGACUGCAGGCCAGCUUCUAUCUUUUUAUAAAUUCACGCCUUCCAAGGACGAAGCAUCGAAGGAGGACACAGCCCUAAAACCUCCACUCCUGUUGCAAUCAUUACACUCACGUACCGUCUGGCCGCCCCUUACUCUAUCCAUUCGACCACAGCCAGAUAACGUGCUUGUCUCAAUCGCCUACUCACUACCUACAUAUCUCAGCGGCUGGACCGUUGGCAUUCAGGAAAUGCGUCUUACCUCAGAAGGUACCCUCAUAGAAUCACGCCUCACCUCAGCAAUCGACCAGAACUAUCGCCCCCUCACCUUCAACUCUUCGAAUCCACCUGCAACACCAGCUCCACAAGCAAUACCUCCUUUUGGCCACUUCAACACUUCCGAAGCCAACCAAAUACACUCCAAACCAACUUCUCUCUCUUACUCACAUCCAUAUUUACUGGUCUCUCAUCCCGACAACACAUUAACCCUCUACCUCAUCUCUUCAACCACCGAUUCACUCAAAAUCAGCCCAGGCAACAGACUCUGGGGCCACACCUCUUCAGUCUCCGGAGCCCAUGUGGGUGGCCGCGGCAAAGCAGUCUCAGUCAGCACCCGCGGCGACGAACUACGCGUCUGGGAACUCGAAGGCGGCUUUGCUUCUGCAUCUGCUCGACGCCGUUUAGCUGCUGGCGAAUUGAGUGUGCAACUGCGACCCGAGAAACCCUCCUCUCUAUCUAUCAACGACGAGUCAUCUUCACCUAUCAAAGCUGGUGUGGGAUUGAGUCUUGCACUCAAAGACAGAGAAAUCGACGAAACUAGUAUGACAAGAGGAUUCAUCGGUUUCGACGACGAAAAAGUAGUCGUGCUCAGGGAAAGACACUGUGGCAAUCAAGCUUUGGUGAUUUACGAUUUUACUUAG